GAUGUACUAUCUGCUUUUACUGAAUAUAUAUAGCCUAGUAAAUAGAGACUAUUUGCUCGACAUUAUGCUAGACCGCACAGCAGCAGGCGCUGCUGCAUCCAUAAUAUAUACCAGCUACCCAGGAUCUGCAGCACAGAUCGAAGUCUACCCAGGCUCAAGUUCAGGUCAAGCUCUAUUCAUAUUCGUUUUGGUUUAGCAAGGCGACGGACGAUUCUCCUGAAAAUGGCGGACAAAUAUGCCAAAGAGACGGCGGAGGAGUUUUCCUCCCGAAUCUUCGAUAUGCUGAGCGGAGCAUUCACUGGGAUUUCGAUUGCAUUUGGAGUCAAGAGCGGUCUUUUUAAAGUUCUAGUAGAUCUUCACGACACACCAUUGACUUCACAGGAGAUAGCUGAUGUAGCUGGCCUAAAGGAGAGGUAUGUCCGGGAAUGGUUGGGCGUGAUGACCACGGCCUUCAUCGUCGAUCUCGACCCUGUGACAGAGAAAUAUCAUCUACCGCCUCACCGUGUAGACAGCUUUCGGUCAGGAACUAUGGAAGGCCAGGCCGCUGAUUGCUGCAUUGGGAUACCUGUCGUCAGUGAUGUCUUCCGCACGAUGCUUAAAGUCAUUAAAAAGGAAGGACCACGAGGAAUGGAAUUUUCGAUGGCGCCAAACUACCAUGAAUUCAACGAUAGUUACGGUUUACCGUGGUUCAAUCACUGUUUCGUCCAGGACUUCAUUCCAUCCCAACCGGAGAUCAAGUCAAAAUUAGAGAGUGGAAUUCGGAUGCUUGACGUCGGGUGCGGUCACGGUGCUGCGAUCAAAAAGCUGGCCGAAAGUUUCCCAAACAGUCAUUUUGUAGGUCUUGACAUUGAUCAAAAUACAGUUGAUUGGUCAAACAAAGAAGCUGAAUCAUCAGCACUUAAGAACCUGGAGUACGUCUGCAGCGACGCCACUGCGAUGCCUAAGGACUGGACCUCGACCUUCGAUUACGUUUUCUUCUUUAACCUCCUUCAUGAUACACCCCGACCAGACCUGAUCGUUGACGAGGCCAAGAGAGUGAUGAAGAAGUCAGGAAUCAUGUCUGUGAUUGAGAUGGAUGGCAAAUCGAAGCAUUGCGACAACCUUGAUAACCCUAAUGCUUCAUUCAACUACACCGACAGCUUAUUCUACUGUCUGCCCAUGUCCUACAACAACCCCGAUUCCGUGGCCCUCGGUGCAAUGUGGGGCAAGGACCGCAUACGGGAGUUUCUGGAACGGAAAGGUCUCAGAAUCAAAGAUGAAAGCAUUCUUCCUAUGCUGCCGCAGGUUCACUUCCUGUCAGAAUUGAUGUAAAUCACACAGCUGGAAUAUAGGCCCUACAGUGAACUGGUUGACAGAAUGACAGUCAUUAAAAGCAAAUAAUUACCUUUGUUGAAAGUUACAUGCGGAAACUUUCAUUUAUUUUCAAGGCGAAUCGGAUGUACAUAAGGUAGCUACAAUUAAUGCGCGUGUUUCAUUGGCUGAAAACCAAACUGCUUAUAUGUAUACAUAUUUUAGCUGCGUUUGAUGGCAACUCUUUCUGCUCCGGGCCCGAGAAGUUAGACUUUGUUCCAUUCAAGGAGACGAAUAGAUGAUUAUGUACUAUAUACAUGUAUUACAGCGGGAGAAAGCUUUUUUGCAAUUCUAUUGUAUCUUAAAAAUGGAGCCACGCCGCAUCAGAGAGUAAAAGUAGGCGCACCUCGACCCCAUGAUUUUACAAUCAAAAUGAGGAAGAGAGCAUCAAAUCGUGUGCUCGGUUGUGUAUCUCUAUAAUACCCCCAUUUUCUUGAUAAGAUCAUUAUGAAGUCACCUUUAGAUAAUUAAAGAUUAACCAUGCAUAUCACUUUGUAUAUGUUAAAUUACUACAUUGUUAUUGUGCAAAAAAAUUACCAUUUGAAAUGUGAAAAUCAAUUAAAAUGAUAAACACGGAAGGAAACUUUGUUUCUUUUUUUGUUUUGCAACUGUUUUCCCUGUUUAAUUCUCGAACAGCUUUAUGGCAACCCCUGCUUGGGAUUAAAGAUGGCAAUACAUAGGCACUUCCAGUGUGGGGUAUCGAGAUGUGGGUGAGGGUGAGAGGGUGGGUUCGGGUUUUAGGAGCACUCGUUCCGAUACUUACUCCAGUGGGUGCCCAAAAUGGAAAAUGAAAGGAGGGAAGGGAGAAAGAACAAAGCAUGAAGGUUUACCCGAUACCAAAUCAGAAGAUAUAGGAAGGCAAGGAUCCAUGGGUGGGGGGCGAAGAGCCUUGUCCCAUCCCUCCCCUACUACCCCACCCCCCAAAAAGGAGAGAAGGGAAAGUAAGAGGGGAAAGAAUAAUAAGAGAAAAGGAAGAGAGACCAGAAGGUAAGGUGAGAAAGAGAAAUAACAGAAGGGAAAUGGGAAAGGAGAAAAGGACUGAAUAAGGGGGGGGGGGGAAUAGAAGGGAAAAGGCACCUUAGUUUUCCUUAUUUCUUCUUCCUUUUCUACUUCUUCUUCUUAACCACACGUACUCAUUGUGUUCGUCUUCUGUCGUUCCCUUUCUGUGCCUUCCUAUUGUAUUGAAAUUUUUUCAUCAUUCAAAAGAAGAAAACAAAUACAGUCACAUUAAAAGCAUUAAACUACGCACUACAACUGCUGUUGCUUCUAUUGAUACUACUACUUCUUCUUAUUAUUAUUAUCAUUCUUCUUCUUCUUUUUCUUCUUCUUCUUCGUCUGCUUCCUUUUCUUUUCCAAACAUUUUCCAAAAUGGAAAAUGAAAGGAGGGAAGGGAGAAAGAACAAAGCAGGAAGGUUUACCCGAUACCAAAUCAGAAGAUAUAGGAAGGCAAGGAUCCAUGGGUGGGGGGCGAAGAGCCUUGUCCCAUCCCUCCCCUACUACCCCACCCCCCAAAAAGGAGAGAAGGGAAAGUAAGAGGGGAAAGAAUAAUAAGAGAAAAGGAAGAGAGACC